UUCCAGAUGACAUUGUGGGAUAUAUGAUAUUGUUAAUUAUUGUGGCUUGAUUAUGUGGAGCAACAUCUCGUUCAGAGAUGGUAAUUGGCUGGCAAUAAUUACAAAACAUGGAGAAGCGAUGUGGUUGAAGGUUAAGGGCCAGCUCCAGGAAAUUGUGGCUCAACAACAAUCUGAAGAAAAUGAGCAUCUAAUGAGUGCAGAUGAGGUUUUAAACACUGUACUUGGUGAUCGAAUUGGCUAUGUUUGUGGAAAGGGUACGGAAAGAAGCCUGCAGAAAAGAGUUGUUGCGGUAGAAAGUAUGCACCAAGAGAUGCAAGCGGAAAUGGAAAGAAAAUUGCAAGAAAAACGUGAAUAAAUGGCUGCUGAGUUGCAUAGAAAAUUAGAAGAACAAGUGGCUUCUAAGUUGCAAAGGAAACUAGAAGAGGAGCGUGCACACAUGGAUAUACAAGUUGGCUAAAGGAUCCAAGUAAAGAUCGAUGCACUUAUGAUCAAAAUGCAACAGGUAAACCUGUAUGGUUUGGGUAUUUGAAUAUACAGUUAACAAGUCGUUUGAAAUUUGGACCUUUAUUCCCCCAGUUUCCUUUAAAUGUUAAGCAUCCGAUGCAUUUCGCCCUUAUAGUUUUGGUAAUCUAAAACUGUCGGUCAUUUGAUCCUCUCCUUGUUUGGGUUUAUUGUUGUUUGGGUUUCACGAAGCGUGGUGUCAUUAGGUCCUAUUACUAUCCACUUGUUUGCAUAAAGACCGUUAGAGUAUUAAAUUGCAAGCAGAAUAUGGUGGUAGUUCAAUUCCAUACAUGGAUAUGUGUGGCCAAUAAUGUUUUCAACGUUCAUAGAAGUCAGAUUCUCAAGUUGGUUGUGGAACACAAGAUGAGGAAUGAACUUGUCAAUAUAUAUGUUACAGAGAUUUUAAUUUCCUUUACAGGAUUUCAUCAAAAGUACUAUAAGUUCCUGGC